CUACUUUUCUUGCUCUGGCUGUUAAAACAUAAAAGUCUGGAUUCCAAUUAUCAAAAUAUUUCCUGAAGCUUAGUGGGAGGCUUGGCUCGAGUAAGCAGAUGAUGCCGUGGGGACUGGUGGGAAUGAUAGCGGUACCAUCACUACACUCAAUCAGAAUAUAAUGAGGCCGACACCGAACUUUAUCGCCUGUCCCGGGUUUGGCCUCUACUGAAUAUGGCCUGGGGAGUCAUUGCCCUCAAAAGCUGACCCAAGGAUGACCAAGUAUGGAUCUCCUAAGCCCAUUGCUGACCAUGAAUUGAGUGUUGCUACGGCCAUUGCAACCGCUUCGGAGAAUAUUCUUAUGCUUCCCCCCUACCACGCUGGCUUCUCUGUAAUGCUGAUGCCGUUUAAGAGGACUCAAAUUGCGGCAAAAUCUUCCGAAUACUAUAGGACUGAUGUCGGUCCUCGCCCGCAAGGUAAAGAGCUGAACAAGGGGGCACUAUCACAGGAUGACAUCCGUGGAAACACCUUCAUCAUGCUAGCUGCCGGACAGGAGACUUCGGCAGGUGUGCUUCAGUUUAUCUUGUUGGAACUGGCAAACAACCCAGUAUCGCAAAGAAGUCUUCACGGUGCCAUUGACGAGACAUGUGGUGAUGGUGAUCCAUCAUUGUGGGACUAUGAAAACCUGAUCAAUCCCAAGAUGGUCAGCAUGUUGGGCGCUUGUAUUGACCAGACUCUGAGAAUGACGCCUGCGGUUGUCGAAAUUCCUGAAGCAGUGCCUUCGAAAUAG